AUGACMAAAGUAAACCUACUACAAGGAGGUUAUAUCAGUUCCUGCGGAAGCAAAAUUAUUUGUGAGAGCGGAGCGGCAAUACGUGCCCUUCUGGACCUCGUCGACGAGCUUCCUCACAAAAUUGCAUUCAUUGGUCCCGGAUGUUCGCUGGCCGCGCGACCCGUCGCAGAGGCAACAAGAUACUGGAAGGCUGUACAGGUUGGGUAUAGUAUAUCGUCACCAAUAUUUUCAAACAAGGCCAAGUUUCCUCACGUGUUUCGUACGGCGCCGACAGAAACGAUGGAAAAUCCGGCCCGUGUUGCCAUACUGAAGAAGUUUAACUGGAAAAGAGUGGCUUUGAUUACACAAUUGCUGGAUAUCUAUGUCAUGACUAAAGAACAUCUUCUGCCGUUGCUGAAAGAAGAAAAUAUUACACUAUUAACAUCAGAGGGAUUUAGAGAAAACCCAUUGACAUUAAUUAAAAUGCUUAAGGACAAAGAUGCUCGCAUCAUYAUCGCUCUCAUGUACGAAGACAAGUUCCGACAAACUAUGUGCCAGGCCUAUCAGGAGGGUCUUUAUGGCGAGCAUAUAGUAUGGUUUAUAGUCGGAUGGUACAGUGCUGAUUGGUGGAAAGAUACACAUGAUGUGCCUUGCACACCAGAGCAGCUUAAAAAAGCAUCUUGUAAUAUGAUCGAGACAGCACCYUUGGAUCUGACACUUAACACCAACUCUGUAGUGUUUAAUUUGACAGCUCAGGACCUUUACAGAGAAUACAAAGCGAACCUUCUAAAAAGAAACCUUAACAUAAAUCAUUAUUCAUCAUUUACCUACGAUGCCGUAUGGAGUUUAGCGCGCAUGCUCAACAACGCCAUACCGCUGCUUUCAAAAUACAACAAGACGUUGGAGUCAUUGAGAUACAAGGAUGAGACGGCUUUAUCGAUCUUUAUUCAGCUUCUCCAGAAAACUGACUUUGCUGGAAUGUCGGGAAGAGUUACCUUCGAUGAGUAUGGAGACAGGCAAACCGUGGUGAAAGUUGUGCAAAACAAAGGUGGGAACAAACGAGAAGUGGGUUUCUAUGACGCUCGUCAACGAAAACUGAAUCUAAGCAGUCCGGGAUUCCUGUGGCAAGAUGGGCACGUCCCAGUGUCGGGUACCACGCACAAAAUCAAAAUCUACAGAGAAUCCACGGCGGUGACAGUCRCCUUCAUAUGUCUUGCGUCUAGUGGCAUUUUAUUCUGCCUCUGCUGUCUGGCCUUUAAUUAUUACUACAGGAAGCACAGGUACAUCAAGAUGUCGUCACCUCAUUUUAACAACAUCACGGUGAUUGGCUGUAUGUUAUGCUAUGUAGACGUACUUCUAUCCACCAUCCAUGGCUCUCAGCUCUCAAGAGGACAAACUUUUAUAUGCUUGGUAGGAAACAAUUAUCCAUCAAUAGUCCUGGGUGUAAAUGGUUUUGCCGUGUGUCGAAUGUCAGCUCUUUCAACAUCAGUCAAGCACCAACUGAUGACAAACAGACAAACAGUGGAAACAAAGAUAGCUGAAGUAACAUUGGCUUCUGUGGCUGUCUUAAAGAUCCCAAGACAGAAAGGAGAAAUAUUGAUUCAUGUCUGUGGUCGUAUGCACGAAGAAAUAUCAGAGUAA